AUGAGGUCGCUUGAACUCAUUUUGACUCUCGUGCUCGCUCAACUCUCGUUUACAUUGGCAUUCACGCCGGCGUUCUCAGUAUCAACAUCACCAGCUGCGUCACUUCAACGUCAAGUAUUUUUCAAUUAUCGAAGUAAUCUAGCAUGUAUGCUAUUCAAUGAAACAGGCAACUUGCACUUUACUUUCGAAAACACUGAAGAAGAUGGACAAAUUCCACUUGUGAUAUUCGACUAUACCGAUUUGCAAUAUUUCAAAAACUUGCCCAAUUUCAAUGCAUUCAUGAACCACACUUAUCUCGACGACAAAAAGUUUCUUGACAUUGGCGAUGAUCAAACUGACCCUAUAACAUUUGACUUUAAACUCUUUAGAAACCAACAACAUUCAAACCGUUUUUUUACCAAAAUAAUCACCGACGAUGAAGAGUUUGAUUACCCUAUCCAGGAGCCCGGGCAAUAUUGUGUAUAUUUACCACUUUAUUCCUACGAUGGUGAUAUCAUCCAUCCUACAAACUAUAAAGGUAGAGUAUCAAUUGAGGAGUUUCAAUCAAUCUCGGUUUACAAUGAUAUCUCGGCCCACAUCAGCAUCACAAUAAUGUUUGGGUUGAUUAUUAUCCCAUUAAGCUACUUGUUUCCCCAGAUUUGUACCAGACAUUAUGACAAAUUGCCACCUGUUGUGCAACAAAUGGUGCAAUUGCUUCUCACAAACUUGUUUUUCAACGUUGCUCAUUUUGUGUUGGAAUUGAUCUACUUGUUCAUCCCCAAUGAUUAUGCCUAUGCAUUUACUGAAUUGAUUUUUGCUACUUUGAAAGACGAGUUAUUGACUAAAUGGCAAAUAUACCUUAUGGCCAGUAUUUAUUUGGGGAUUGGCUACAAAAAUCUUCCCGUAUCAAAACAAGGUGCAAGGAAAGUACUUCAAUUGGCAUUGACUUUAAAUAUAAUUGCCAAAGCGGUUUUGAACUACUUGUUGAAAGAAACUUCAACCGUGCAAGAUAUUCUUAUUAAUAAUGAGCCAUACCAAAUCACGCACAAGUCCAUUUUGGUGCAUAGAUUUUACAGAAAUAUAGUCACAUUCGAGUAUCCAGAAUCUACCAAGCGCCUUAUUACCUUAACAUCCACGAUUUCACUUGCAACUUUAUUUACCAUUCGAUUAAUCAGCUACUAUUCUGGAAUCCGUCUUGCUUGGUAUUUGCGAAAAGACACUAACUUAUCACGUCCAAUGGUAUUAUCAUUGAUUCUUCAUUUGGUUGCAUGGUGCUCUUUUGGUAGACAAAUAAUUUAUCAACUUUAUGUCAGAAUCACGUUUGGCGGUUUAUUUGAUGUUGGUGAAUUGUUGAGUGUUUUGGGCACACAAGUGGAAAACUACGAAGUUAUGAAUGCAGGAUUGCAAGUCACUGAGAUUUUAUUGAUCUUGUUUAUUUGGUACCCUACAAGGCCAUAUGAUGUUGAGAAAUACGCUGGGGAACAAGAUGCUUUGGCAAAAGAACAAAAACGGGCCGAGAGAAGGAAAGGCUCAAUAGCAAAGACUGAACUUGCUGCUGAUAAGAAGGUAAAAAAGGUAAAGAAGGUGAACAAUGUGAAAAAUAACAAAAGCAUCAACGAAACUAGUGACCCUAAAGCAGAUAAAAUAGUUAAAAUAGAGAAAAAAGAGGUCAAACUUGGUAAACCAUAG